AUGAUAUUUGAGAAAAUCGGUGUGGAUGUGCCUUCUCUGAAUUCAAUACUGAAUUUUACAAUUGAAGGAGUAGACGAGAUGUUACAGCCUCAAAAGGUAUUCUAUGACUAUGACAAACUCUUAGGUCACAUGCACACGGUUUUGUUUUCGAGCAUUUUUGAAUGUAUUUUUUAAUAUCACUUUAUCGUUUUGAUACCAUCUUUCCACAGUCGAUAAAAAAUAUCAAUUUGCUGCCAUUCAUCUCGACAAUGGAUCUUAUAUGCAUAAUGACGUCACAGGGGUGAUACGUGCAGGGGCAGGGAACUUUACUUGUUUUUAAAAUUUUCCUGUUGUGACUACCAAGAACAGAAUUUCCUGCACACUCCUUGUGACAUCAUUAUGCAUAAUGUAUAUUGACAUUGUCUUCAUUAUUUUUUUAGUGAAAACACAAAUUAUCUUCAGGUGAAAAUGAAUCUAGAAAUCUGAAAAUGAAUAUUGAACUAUUUUAGGACCACUAUAAUGGCAACCCGUACUACUGGCUCCGACCAUCCGUUUUUGUCCGCCUCCAGUUGGCUAUACCGGAAAAAGCGAAUAAUGUAAUAACGACUAAUAAUGUAUAAUGUAAUAAUAUAAAAAUGUAAUAAUAUUAUAUUGUGUAUAAUGUAAUAGCGACUAUUAGUCUCUUGCUCGCUAUCCAGAAGAGACAGACGAUUAUGUUUAUGAAAUGAAUCGGGUUAGUCUGAAUCAAACACAGCAACUUUUAUUGUAAGUUAUUAUUAUACGAUGGAAUUUUUACUGCAACUUGCGUUUCAAGUUGUACAAAGAGUUGUAUUUACGACAACGACCCCUUUAAUAGAUAAGUUUUGUUUAAACGUACUUAUUGUUUUUGAAAUAGGGAAUAAAGUGGUUGAAUGAUAAAGAAUUUCAAAGUUCUUCUAUUACUGUCAAAGGAAAACAUUACUACAUCAAUGACAUUGUACAGUUCUCUCACAAUGAAGACCUUUUUCAUGGAAAGUUGAUGAAGUUCUACACAAAAGUAAAUUAAAUAUAUUUUUUUAUUAGUAUGCGCGUUCCUUUCUCAAUUAAAGGUCGUUCACAAUGACACUAAAAUAAUGACGAAGAUCCAAUUCUUGCAAAACGAAGGAAACAAGCAUUUUUCCAUCUGUCCGGAUGACAAAACUGAUGUCCAGCAUACGAGGAAAAGUUCACAUCAAACCUGUGCAGAUAAAACACAAGUACAUUAAUGAUCAAACUGUUGACGUGACUGAACAGGUGAUAUUAUAAGCAUUAUUUAACCACUAACGCAGUCUAUUUCACUAACCAAAAAUUUUUCUGUAAAGGAGGCAGCAGAUUUCCUUGCGCUACAAGUCGAUAAUGUACUUGUUGGAGGAAACAAAGCAACUGCUACAGUUCCUUUGCUUGUCUUCAGUGAUGAAACCACAAGAGGCCCAGGCUCGAUUUGCCCGCGCCCGCCUGUGCCUUCCUUAUAACAAGGCAGGAAGGAAACAUUGAGACCAAAAUAGCCCAGACUUGGCAUAUGUCAGACGAAACUAUCCUCGAUUUUUCGCCUUUAAUGCAUUUCUUUCACGAUUAAUCGAUAUCCCCUGCAAGAAUGAUACCGUAUAACUCUCAAAACAACGAUGCUUUAAUCAAAGAGCUUAAAUUCGCUCUGAAAUCUGUGAGGGACUAACAAAAUUCGGCCAAAAUAUAUCCGUGUGCCGGGUUUGCUGGACAAAAAGCGGAAGUCGUUGAACAACUAAAAAUACACUCAACCCUGAUUGGACAACGGAAAUCAACAAAUAUUUCAAAUUUUUCUCCACUGGGAGGGGGGACAGUACUUGGAACAUGUACAGCACUGUAAUAAUUUCAUUAUUUGAAUCAAAACAAUUCACAAACGUUAUAAAGACUGCUACAAGUCGAUUAUAUAUGUUACUGUAAAUAUAACUGUAAAUAUAACUAUAAUUUUACGCUGAAACAUCUUGUCAAAUAGGGUAAAUUACUAUCCGGAUUUACUGACUAAACUUCUUAAAUUUAAAUAAUUAGAUUUGCACUGGUUUUCCCCUGACAACAUUUGUUAAUUGUUUUGAUUCAAAUUUAUAUUACAUUACUGACCACUGAAAAUUUGAAAUGUUUGUUGAUUUCCGUUGUCCAAUCAGGGUUGAGUGUAUUUUUAGUUGUUCAACGACUUCCGCUUUUUGUCCAGCAAACCCGGCACACAGAUAUAUUUUGGCCGAAUUUUGUUAUUCCCUCACAGAUUUCAGAGCGAAUUUAAGCUCUUUGAUUAAAGCAUCGUUGUUUUGAGAGUUAUACAGUAUCAUUCUUGCAGGGGAUAUCGAUUAAUCGUGAAAGAAAUGCAUUAAAGGCGAAAAAUCGAGGAUAGUUUCGUCUGACAUAUGCCAAGUCUGAGCUAUUUUGGUCUCAAUGUUUCCUUCCUUCCGUCGUUAUAAGGAAGGCACAGGCGGGCAUGGGCAAAUCGAGCCAGGGCCUCCUGUGAUGAAACAAGCGGUAACACAACCAAAAAGUGGAAUCACCUGGAGAAUUUCUCGAUGACAUUCGCAGGUCUCUGCAGGAAAGAGUGCAGGCGAAUCGAAAACAUCCACUCCUUGGCAGCAUUGAAUAUAGUUCCCAUCCUUUCCGCUUGGAAAAUCCAUCGCCACUGACCUACAAGGUAAAUAGGUAUCUUUAAGGGAAAAAACGUGCUUGCUAUAAAGUUUUAUCGUAUUUUUGGAAAAACAGUUUUUCUAAAUACUCCUAGGAAAAAGUAUAAAUUUCUCGUUACUGAAAUUAUAUAACAAUUUAAUAUGUCGCAUAUCUUAUAUAUUUUCAGAGCUUGAGGAGGGUAUAAUGAUGUACAACGCACACUUCGACAAUGACAUUUUGGUCAAGGCCCCUGUAUUGUGCAUCCUGGCAGAUAAUCCGCGGGCAUCUGAAUUUGAGCAUCAUUUGGGCAGCUUUGCAAAAAAAUUUUGUAGAAAGUGCAAAGUGAGAUAUCUAUACCAGUGGCGUAGGAAGAACAAAAAUUGGGAGGGGGGGACAUAUUCAUAUAUUCAUGUGCUGCAUCACAUUAAUUUCUUUUGAAAUCGUUUGAUUAAGGUCUGUGAACACGAAUAAUAUCCCCCCCCCCCCCCAAUUAUCGAUUUUUCUACGCCAAUGAUCUAUACACAUAUAUAUGUAUAAUAUUGAAAACUACAUACCAUAACGAUUCUUGUUCAAUUUUUAUCAAGGCAACAAUGGACAAUGCUACUCAGAUUCAAGAGCUAAGAACGGAUGGGUACAUUCAAGAAAAGGUUCAAGAAAUACAAGCAUGUCCGUAUGUACAUUUAAUGUGAAACCCAACAUCGCUCGAAAUUAUUUUUGAACCACUAGCAUAAGUCGGUCAUGUAAUAGAGACUUACCUCGUCAUAGUUUAAGAUAACGCUUGAUGAUAUAUAUGUGUAUUUUUUAUCCAAUCAUAUAGAUCUGAAAAACAGAAGAAGGCAAAGCGUAUGGAAUUUGGAAUAACUGAAAAAGGAGGGGCGUUUGACGGACUGAAGUGUUUCAGUGGGAACAAGUAAGUGAUGCAUCAUUAAUACCUGGAAAAGAUGAGCUGGUAGAGACGGUAGUCCUAACCUACUAGCAAAACACCUAGCAAAACACCAAUUGAAAUACUUCACACGAUACUCCUUGGACCUGUGAAGUAUUUGUUCACCAAUACAAUACAAUCUUUAAAUCAAUGACAGAAAGACCGGCUGCAUGGCUCACCCAAUGAUAGUUUCUUACUAUACAGUAAGUAAAAAGUAAUAUGAGAUUUUUACCUUGUAAUUAUACCAGCUUACAGGCAUCAGAAAAGCUAAUGAAGGCAGCAGAAGAUCCAAAAAUGCAGCAGUUUAUCAACAAUACAGCCAAAAAAGAUAGCCUCAAGAACAAGACAAUAUACCAAUCUGGAUGUCUACGAAAAGUUAAACUACUUACUUUAACCCAUUUCUAA